AAAUGUAAACAGAAAGAAAGAUUCAGUGAACGUCUUUUUGUGACUUCUACUUUAUUCACAGGUACAAUAUAUUUAUUAUGGCCAUUAAUGAAUGUAACAAGUAUGUCACUACCACUUAAAAGUUGGAUUCCAUACAAUGUUAACACGAGGACAAUAUUUUAUCUAACCUACUUGUAUCAGGGAUUCGCUCUAUUUUAUGAGGGUUUACUGUAUACAUCAAUGGAAUCGUUAUUAACAAUACUGAUGCAUCACAUUUGUUCACAACUUGAAAUUCUUACUAUUCGAUUUUUUGAAAUUGCAAAUUUAAGGAAAAGAAAAUCUUUAAAAUUCGAUAUUUACGAGGAAGAAUGUAAACUUGUCAAGCACUGUGUUGAUCACCAUGUUUGUAUUUUUUCAUCAACGGAAAAUGGAAGUCCAGACACUAAUGGAUUCGUAAGUUUGUCCAUUGCUGACGAAAUAUACAAAAUGAAUUGGAAUUCAUUGAGUAUACAAACAAAACAAAAAUUAAUAAUGAUUAUAAUGAGAGCAAAUCAUCCUAUCCAGCUUACUGGCUCUUCAGUUGUGGUUUUAUCUAUAGAAACAUUCUUUAAGGUUAUUAAAGCAUCUUAUUCGUCGUAUAACUUAUUGAGGAAUUCAAACUGAAAGAUGCCACUGAUAAAUAAAAACAAUUCUAC